CCGCGCCCCUCGCUGGUAAUGGCCAAUCCGGGUGCAAGAAUGGAUUGGCAUCUUGCCCAGUGAUGAUGUUUAAAGGGUGACUGGAAACUGAGUUUGGACAGAGAUCCUGCACUGAACUGGACUGUGUUAAACGCAGGGCAUCCAAAUCACAAAUUGCUAAACUCUUAUUCUUGGUGUAAAAAGGUGACUUGGAUAAACAACUGAAGAAACAAAGAAGACCAGCAUUGGGAAGAAUCUCCUUGGAGGUACUGAGAGUCUGUUGGAAAUCGAGAAUUAGUUUGAGGAGCAGGAUGAUGGCUGAGAGCAAGGAACGGCCCUGUGAAGAUCUCCCUGAGGAAGACCCUGAGGGCCAUUUUCCACCCUACCUGACGAAGACCUUUCCGUUUUGUGGCCAUCAAGUGAAGAUCAGUCGGUGCAUUGGUGACAAUCUCGGUGUCUCGGCUUUUGUUUGGGAUUGUGCCCUCACACUCUGCCAGUACUUUGAGCAAGAGAAGAUGAGUUUCUCGGGACAGAGCGUGAUAGAGCUGGGAUCAGGCACUGGGAUCGUGGGGAUUCUGGCAACCCUGCUGGGUGGCCGAGUAACUCUGACUGACCAGUCCCAUAUUUUGAAGCAAAUCAAACACAACCUGUCCAUCAAUCUUGCUGCUUCGGGAGGAUACUCUGCCACAGUCAGAGCCCUUUUAUGGGGCGUUGACCACACGCUCUUCCUCGAUGACUAUGACGUGAUUCUGGGUUCAGAUAUAGUCUACUACCCAAACGAUUACCCCCACCUGCUGCAGACGCUGCGGCACCUCAGCAAGAAGACAACGGCCAUUUACCUGUCGUCGGAGCUGAGGGGAUGCAGUGUAACUCGGAGGUUCCACGAGGAGCUUAUCACCCAGUACUUCAACUGUGAAAUCGUGCACAGAAAUGACAUUUCCAAUAUCAACGUCUACAAGUUCACAUUGCGCAGCGAGGAAGCUUGUGCAGAACGGCCAAAGCCAGAGUAAUCUACAUCUCCAGACUCAGGCAGGAGGAGCAGCCUCUGGUAACAAUUUAUCAGGAAUGCACACGAGGACUUCUAAAAUUACACUGAAGUAUUCUGCAAACAAACACAGAAUUCAGACCACAUGUUUAUGCAGUGCAGCAGCCUUUCCCCCCCCCCCCCCCCCCCCCCCAACAUCAUCAGCAAAUACUACAAUUGCUUUCUCCUUAACUGACUUCCCCAGAAAGACACCAUACUAUUUGUCUGAAUAACUCCCCUUUCAAGCAAAUUGCACCUUUCUCUGGUAAACAACACUCCCUUGAGAUCCUCAUGGAUUGAUUAGUAUAAAUACUCCACACAUGAAAACGUCCGGGGAGAUAUUGUUUGAAACGGGGUGGAAACAUUGAUGUUUCCCGUCAUUUGAGUAGCUCAGGAACAUCAUGCAAGGGAAGGUUGCUAUUAGAUACGACACCCGAAGGCUGCUGUCCAGGUUGUGCCUGGCACUGAGUGUUAAGGAACAGGCUCUAUUGACCAAUGCCAGCUGCAGAUCUCCA